AUGUGGUACUUGGCGGUGGCAUGUUCACACCAAUCCGCCUUACUCCGCCCAUCGUGUUUGUCCCUUUUUCCAUCCCGCUACACCAGCAAUGCGCCAGAUGGGACACGCUCACCCCAGGGCCAUCUGCUGACCGUUACCGGGCAGAGCGACUUCGCCUACCACCGGCUCCAGGCGCCAACCAGCCUCGAGACCGGCCAGGUCGAGUCGCGGCUCUCUGAGAGCACCCUCCACCUGCUUGACGCAGACUGGGUCGAGCCGAGGUCGCAAGGUCGUGCCGUCGGGCUCACGGUCGACUCACCUCCCUGGCACCCGAUGUCCCCGGUGCCCCCAAAAGGUGGGUUAGGGAAGAAGUCCCGCUUGUUGGUUCAUCCACCCCCGAACGGAUGUGAAUUCUGCUUGUCCACAUCAUCUGCAUUCCUGGGGCUGUUGUAUGGGGAUAACCUAUUUUACUUGCACUUUGGAUAA